AGCCGCCACCAACUCGAUUUGAAGGCGACGAAAAGGCAUAUCGAAAUUAAUGUAGACCUCGGGUCCCCGACAUUACUAACGAGAAAGCUGCAUCUCGAAUAAAGUGAAGUAUUUAUCUUUAAUACACGUGCGAGCCUAAAUGGCUAUGCUUACGAUAACUAUAAAAUCGAUUAAAUAAGUGCCCGUGUCAUGAGACCCUGAGCUUACAUAACAUUUUGUCUGAAAAUAACUUAUCGGUCAGUGCUAAGAGAUUAUUUACCUCAAGUAAGGGUAACAAAGAGAUCAAAUAAUAAUGUUGCGACGCUGCUCGAAGCAUCUUCAGACUAUAUACCGGAGACAGGGCCAGGGGGUCCGGUUCCGGUCGUCAGAGGUGCCUAAGAUCUGCGGAACAGUGCAGGGGACCCGCAUUCUCAAACCCAGGAUCCUAGCCGCUCACAAUCAGGUCGCCUCCAUUCACUUCACGAACCCACUCUUCGCCGAGCAAGAUGUUCUUACACCAAGUUUCCCUGACUCCGUUUCCGAGGGUGACGUCAAGCUCGAUAAGAAGGUAGGCGAUGCCGUGGCCGCCGACGAAGUGGUCCUCGAAAUCGAGACCGACAAAACGGCGAUACCCGUCAUGGCACCAGACAAUGGUAUCAUCAAGGAGUUCUACGUUAAAGAUGGCGAGACCGUCAAAGCUGGACAGAAAUUGUUCAGGCUAGAAAUUACCGGGGCAGCUCCUAAGAAGGCGGCCGCUGCGCCAGCUCCUGAGCCACCUAAAGCAGAAGCUCCACCCCCACCGCCACCACCGGCAGCUGCGGCGCCUCCUCCACCGCCUCCACCAGCAGCCGCUCCACCACCACCACCACCACAAGCACCGCCAAGACCGGCAGCACCACCACCAGCUGCGCCGAUCUCCUCAAUCCCAGUCGCAGCUAUCCGCCACGCGCAGGCAAUCGAAACCGCCUCCGUCAAAGUACCACCAGCGGAUUACAGCAAAGAAAUCGUCGGCACCCGCAGCGAGCAGCGCGUCAAGAUGAACCGCAUGCGGCAACGUAUCGCUGAACGUCUAAAAGAUGCUCAAAACACGAACGCACUGCUGACUACGUUCAAUGAAAUCGACAUGUCGAACAUCAUGGCAUUCAGGAAGAAGUAUCUGGAUGCUUUCACCAAGAAGUUCGGCGUUAAAUUGGGCUUGAUGUCGCCAUUUGUGAAGGCUUCCGCCAACGCUCUUAUGGACCAGCCCGUCGUAAACGCGGUCAUCGAUGGAACCGAGAUAGUGUAUCGCGAUUACGUAGACAUUUCAGUAGCAGUCGCGACGCCGAAGGGUCUGGUCGUGCCGGUCGUGAGGAACGUGCACAACAUGACCUACGCUGACAUCGAGCUUACGAUCGCGGACUUAGCUGAAAAGGCGAGGAAAGGCAAACUAACCAUCGAGGAGAUGGACGGUGGUACCUUUACGAUAAGUAAUGGAGGUGUUUUCGGUUCAUUAAUGGGUACCCCCAUUGUAAAUCCCCCUCAAUCUGCUAUCCUGGGUAUGCACGGUAUAUUCGAGAGGCCGAUUGCGGUCAACGGUCAAGUGGUCGUCAGACCAAUGAUGUACAUAGCGCUGACAUACGACCACAGAUUGAUCGACGGUCGUGAAGCUGUCAUGUUCCUGAGGAAGAUCAAGGAAGGUGUAGAAGACCCGGCUGCCAUCGUUGCUGGUUUGUAAAGAGAAAGUGUGUCCUUCAGUCGGACGAAUUGAAAAUUGUAAUCUUAGAUACAAUUAAAUUUAAGAUUUCCGGUAAAAUUGCUUUUGGAAUUAAUGGCCGACUGGGGGGGGGG